GCUUCUUCUUGACCACUCGUAACGGAAAACUUUUUUUUUUUUUUUUUUUUGGGGGGGGGGAUCGAGAAGCUUGAGAUCCGGGUGCUGUCACGAUGCCCUUUCACCACCACAGCGAUGUGCCACCAUCGCAGCAAAGCCAGCCACAGCACCCCUACUACCCCAUUGACGUGCCCAUUUCACAUUUUCGCGCCAACGAGACGGACCUGCCCCUCGUACUGGCGGCUUUUGGAGGCAUCGUAGGUGUGGUUGUGAUAGGAGCCGCCUGGAUAGCGAGACGGACCAAGGUGAGGGGGUUAGAUAGGUUCGCCGUGUGUUGGUUUGCGCUCUCUGGGUUCCUACACUGCUUCUUCGAAGGGUAUUUUAUCUGGAAUCAUAGCACCCUGGCUGGCUUACAAUCCGUGUUUGGACAAGCAUGGAAGGAGUACGCCUUGUCUGAUUCUCGUUACUUGACUUCCGACCCCUUCAUGCUGUGUGUCGAGUCCAUAACUGUGGUGAGUCCGCUCCCAAUGGGAACCCCCUUUCCCCCUUUUACCCCUCUUUGCCCCCUUUUUCCAACCUGGCUCGGAUCUGGUCCUCCCAUGGAAUGAAGACUAUGAAACGCGAUGGGAAAGGGAGCAAUAAAAGACCAACCAAAGGCAAGAAAAAGAAUGAAACGCUGAGGACCGCCGGGGCAAAAUCACACACAGAUCGUCUGGGGCCCCCUUUGUUGGGCCAUCGUCUUCGCUAUCGUCACGCGCAACGCUCUCCGCCACCCACUCCAAGUCAUUAUGUGCGUGGGCCAUUUGUAUGGCGUGGCUCUGUACUACUCGACCAGCCUGACGGAGAGGGCGAUGCAUGGGACGGUGC